AUGCUAGCAUACGAUGCGCCUGCAGAUUCUCUUGAUGAGUGCCUCCAGCUAGGGGAGAGCAUGAGGCGGUUUGUGCGUGCUAUCGUCGAGAUUUUCGGCGAUGGGUACCUCCAUGCUCCGAACGAGGAGGACACUGCUCGCUUGCUUGCUAUGAACCAGCGAAGAGGGUUCCCUGGGAUGCUGGGAAGCAUUGACUGCAUGCAUUGGAGGUGGAAGAACUGUUCUUUAAACGACAUCAACGUGCUGCACCGUUCACAUCUCCUCGACAACCUUGCCGUCGGCGAGGCACCCAAGGUACAAUACUCCAUUAAUGGACACCAUUCCACAAUGGGGUAUUACCUUGCAGACGGCAUCUAUCCGGAGUGGGCUACGUUCGUGAAGCCCAUACAAUCUCUUGUUGGGAGGAAGCGGCAGCACUUCAUGGUCCAACAGGCGACAGUCCGAAAGGAUGUCGAGCGGGCCUUCGGAGUCUUGUAG